AUGGCCACACCGCCAACCGAAGGAGAAAUCAGAGUGGGUCCCGGCCAUCAGGUAAACGAUACAUAUGCAACAUUACCAGAUUAUCAACCAAUCGAAAAUUACCGCUCCGAGGACGAUGAAGAUCGCGAUUUAGAGGAUCCGAGAUGGACGCCUGGAUUGUACAUUGAUAAUGACUUGUUGAUGUACCUGACUGCUGCUCGUUCGAUAUCCGCCUUUCAGGGUAUGUGUGAAGAAGAUGGUUGUAUGGCAGCAAGUCGUGAUGAUACCACUAUAAAUGCAUUUGACGUUCUACACGACUCAGGAUACGACGCUGGUAAAGCGUUAGAAGCCCUGCUAAAGUGUCCCGUUACGAAGGGAAUCGAAAAAAAGUGGACUGAAGAGGAAACGAAGCGCUUCAUUAAAGGAUUACGCCAGUUUGGGAAGAAUUUUUUUCGCAUACAUAAGGAUCUCUUGCCUCAUAGGCCAACGCCCGAACUAGUUGAGUUUUACUAUCUGUGGAAGAAGACACCAGGUGCCAACCAGAAUCGGCCCCACCGCAGACGACGGGCCAGCUCGCUGAGACGACGCAACACGCGGACAAACAGUAAUGCGAGUGGCAGCACUCCUCCAAACAACAACAGUAGCAGUAGCAAUAGCAGUACCGGUAAUAACAAUAACAAGAAAGAGCAAACUCCGGAGCGCAUCGUAACGGAGUCGUCGUCGCGUCCAUCGCCAAUCGGAAAGGAGGAGAACAGCUCCGUCACCGAGGACGACGCGAGCGAGUGUGACAGUGACUCGAGCGCCAACAAAGCAACCGCGGCAGCGGGUGUGGCGGCGCCAGCCGCAGCAACGGUAGCCUCGUCCGUUGUAGCAGUAUCCUCAAGUAACGGUAGCGUUGGUGGGGGUGGAGGUGGAAGUGGCGGCGGAGGGUGCGGUAGUAAUAGCAGCAGCAGCAGCAGCAGCAGUAGCAGCAGUAGCAGCAGCAGCAGCAGUAGCAGCAGCAGUAGCAGCAGCAGCAGUAGUAGUAGCAGUAGCAGUAGCAGCAUCAGCAGCAGUAGCAGUAGCAACAGCAAUAGUAGCUGUAGCGGAAGCGGAAGUAGUAACGGCGGCGUCGGCGGUCCCGUCGGCGGCGUCGGAGACUUUACGACGACGGCCAGCAGUGGUAGCAUUGGCGGGGGUAGCAGUGUCGGCAGUCACGUCGGUGGUACGGCGGUCACCGGCGAGGAAUCUCCGUCGAGGAUGCGGACCCGCCAAAAGCCCACCAAGGAUUCGACGAAUGCGACCAACACGAAACGACCCAAGCGAGGUGGAACGGAGACACCAGAGCAGCAGCAGCAGCAGCAGCUGCAAUCAUCAGUCUCUAGUGGAGGUGGAUCAGGGCCACUGGACAAUCCAAAAACUCCCAGCAAACUAUCAACCACCUCCAACAGCAUUAUUGGCAGUGGCGCUGUGGGAUCCACAGCGAUCAUCGCAACAACGGAUGGCAGCACUGGGAGCAAACAUUCGUUCCCGAACAAGGCAUCCAAAGGAACAUCAUCUUCAACGUCAACGUCAGUGUGCAGUAAGGCUUCGGAGAACACUCCUAGCAAGGGUAAAAAGAGGGCCAAUGAAUCCGAACUCGACGGAGGCACAGUUGGAGGGUCGGACGAGAAGGAAGGCCAGAAGCGAAAGCGUUCCGACAGUCCCACCGAAAGCCUUACCACCGACAGUCGACCCAGCUCGGUGCUGGAUGAAGCGGAAUCUAACAUUGAGGCCGCCACUGAAGCCGCCGGCUGCACAGGAACGGCCACAUCUGGUACUACAACUCCGGUGCUGCUCGGGCCGAAUACCAGCAGCGGCGGCAUCGGCGGCAGCACUAACAACGCAUUGGCGAAUGAGGGCCCUGCCGCGACUGCUCUCGUCGCUACCACCGGGCCGGGAGCGAAGGAUGAAGAGAAAGAUCCGCUGGCGUUGGCUGCUGGACCACCGUUGUUGGCCGCGGAGCCAAUGGUUACCGAAUCGAACGAAAAUAGCAGCAGCAGCAGCACAACUGGCACAACUACCGUCACAAAGUCCAGUUCCGGAGGAUCGGAAGAUAAAGACGACGAUUCGAAUGCGGGCGCCAUGGGUGCAGUUGUUGCAUCGGCUUCGGUAGCAACCAUCCCAACGGCAGCCGAUACCGCCAAGUUGCCUGAAACAGACGAAACUUCCCAACCAUCAACACCUGCGCCAACUCCAGUCGCCGUUGCUACUCCUGUAGGACCCGCCGGUUCACCGGAUGAAUCGGACGUCGGACCACCACCUCCAACAACAGCGUUAGCCAUCACGGCAACAACGUCCAACGAGCCCACUAUGACCAACUCUGCGCUGGCCGAUUCCGGUACCAGCAAACCAUCAACGGCCACUGCAAACGAUCAUGAAAUGGCGACAAAGUUGGCCAACAUGAAACAAGAAGCAGGUGGCGGGUCAGUUGGAGUGGCCGCCACUAUCGGGUCUGACUUCGGGCCGAAAGAUGUCUUCAUCAAAAAGGAACCAAACGACGAUUCGACCGCCAGUGCAACAGGCGAACUGCAACCACAACCGUCAUCAUCGUCGUCGUCGUCUUCGUCGUCAGCCGGUCCAGGAGCAUCUGGUGCUACUCACGGUGGUAUUGCCGGUGUUCCGCCUGCUGCAGAGCCGCAGGAUUUGAAGCUGAAGAUUGAAGUAAAAUCCGAAGCGAAGCUAAUGGGCACCAGUGGAAGUAGUGGAAGUGGUGGUGGUGCCGACCAACAGGGGUUGGAAUUGAAGUAUGAUGCGGAGAAUCUGGUGAUGAAAACAUCGCCCUACGAGAAUCACAUCAAAUACGGCGGUGGCCAUCCAGGUGGUGCAACGACAGGUACUGGUGGUGGCCUUGAGGAUGGUAUCAAGUACGGCGGCGCUGGUGACCACAAGUACGGUCCACCUUCGACACAACCAUCCCAUUCACACGAGGAACCGCUGGAGUACGACAUGAAACGGUAUCCGGGAGCACCAAAUUUACCACCGCCACCGCUUGGAUCCACGGAUUGUGGACCACUGCCACUGAAGAUGGGAUUUACGGGAGGUGCCGGGACAGCAGGAGAACCCCACGGGGGAGUCCUUCCAGUACCGCCCAGUACCGGAGGUGGGCAUCUAAAACUGUCACAGUACCCACAAGAUCUGACCGGAGGGGGAGGACUUAACCUGAAGUAUCCUCCGGCAGGCUCUGACGAGCGAAGUAAGUUUGCACCGUCACCCGCUUCGGACAGUGGCAGUGGCAGUGGUGGCGGCGGUGGCGGUAGUGGAGCUCCGCCUCUACCGCCUGGUGUUCCCGGUGGAUCGCUCCCGCUCAUCCCGAAGAGCCAUUAUCCGGACCCGGCUCAACUCAGCAUGAUCCGGCAGCACUACGAGCAGCAGUUCAAGUAUGAUCCGAUGGCCGGGGUAAAGUACGGUCCCUCGGGGAUGUCACCGUUUGGUCCUCCUGGUCAACAACCCCAACACCAUCCUUCGCAUCAUCCUCACCACCAUCCCCUGGCCGGAAUGGCCGGAAUGCCUCAAUCGCAACCUCAGGACCUGAAGUAUCUUCCGCCUGGUGGUACCGGGGCCGGGGACGCUGCAGCCGGUGCCGGGGUGUUGGGAUCGCAGAAGUAUCCUCCUGUGUCGUCAAGUGAUUCGCCCGCGAGUGGCGGUGGGGCGUUGUUGAAGAACAGCUUCUCGGCCGACAAUCUCCUCAAGGGAUCCUCGUCUAGUAGCAGCGGUGGGGACACCAAUCCGCUCGAUGUGUCCGCUUCGUCGCGCUUGGCUGUGACGCCGAAUCAGGACAGCCAGGGCAGUAACAGUAGCUCGCAAGGCCCCGCAGGGCCAAUGCACGGCGGAGGUGCUAGUGGAGGAAGCAUUGCCUCGCCACAAUCCGGAGGACCCCUACAGCAGGCCCUUCCUCCACACAGUGCCUCCUAUCCACCGCACGGUCCGCCCCCACCGCUACCGCCGGGUGUUUCACCACAUCCGGGAAUCGUGAAUCCCGGGUUGAUACCGACGAUGCUAGGCUCUUCAGCAUCGUCCCCCAUUCCUUCAAGUCACGCGGGCUUGGGCCCGGUAGGGCCCCUUCCUCCACAGUUGUUACCAACUCCACCAGGCACCAGCCCCUAUCAUCCAACCAAUCUGCACCGAGGACAACCACUACCACCGGUGGUGGCAUCAUCCUCGUCGUCCUCACUGAUUCCGAGUUCCUCCUCGAUGUCCUCCUCCUCCUCGUCAAGUUCAGUGCUAACGUCCACGACGAGUUCUUCCGCCAUCGGACGGUCGAGCGACAAUGGGCACGUUCCGCCGCCGCUUUCCUCGAUGCACCACCACCAAUCGGGACGCGAUCGUGAUCAGCGGGAUCGGUCGGAACCUCUGCGCGGACCUGAACUUCCCCAGACUCGUGCUUCCCCCAUUAACUCUCUGCUGCAAGGUGUACCACCGCACCACGGACUCCUGACCCAUCCCCUUCCACUGCACCUCGGCCACCCGGGCAUGCAGCUGCCACCGCACCAUCCGGUGGCCCACCUCGGUCAUGCCGGGUUACUGUCGCACUCACUCGGUGGUCACCAUCCCGGUGCUCCGAUUCCGCUGCUCGGUGGCCCCACUCCGUCGGCACUCGGCAGUUUGAUGGAGGUAGCCGGUGCUGGACGGCGUUCACCGUCGUCAUCCGCCGCUUCGUCCCAACAUGGUGGCCACCUGCCGCCUACAUCACUCCACCAACCGAUUCCGUCUCACGUACCUUCCCCUUCAACGCCCACCGGGGCCGGUCCGUCAUCUUCGAGCAUGAGCCGCGCCAGUCCCAGUGUACCUCCCGGAGGUCCAGGAACGCCGGUCCCGGGCUUUGGUCCCGGAUCGGUUUCCGCUUCCAGUCAUCAUCAUCGCUCGAGCUCCCCGGCCAAUUCCACCGGCUCACUAAGCCGUGCCAGCCCUAUGCAUCUUGUUGGCCACCACCACCCGUCAACGGUGGCGGCUGCUGCUGCCGCAUCGGCCGAACGCGAUCGACAAUUAAUGCGCCAACAGAGUCCCCAUAUGACGCCACCGCCACCUUCAUCCUCAUCGUCUGCACCGCCACCGACGUCGGCCCUUAUUUCGAGUCCGCUGAGCAAAAUGUACGGCGGACCAGGUCAACGAUCACCACCACCGACGGCGGCUUCCCACCCGUUCCGACCGGGUGCUUCACCACCGGUCUUGCGCCACCCUCAAAUGCCUCUACCUCUGCCUAUGGCUGGCCCGAUCACGGGUCUCCCCGGAUCGGUCAUCGGUCACCCGUCGCAACCGUAUCCACUGAUGCACCCGUCACUGUUCAAUCCGCACCACCACAAUCCCUUCUACGCCCCGUAUCCGUACGGCCCGGCGUAUGGACCAGGCUUUUCCUACAUGAAGCCCGCCGGAUCGCCGCUCGAUAAUCAUAUGUUGCACGGUCAUCCGACGGCCAUUCCACCACCGCGUCCCGAAGAUGCGCCCAACGGUCACGGCCACGGUGGAAUGCACGGUAAUGCUGGUGAGAAGAGCAAAGGUGGUUCCGGUUCCGGUAGCAGCAGCAGUAAAUCGCAAUCCGGAGGACAGCCACAGACGUCACAAUCGUCCUCCUCAUCUUCGUCUUCGUCCUCAGCUUCCGGUCCGGGAUCGGGUGGAGGAAGCGAGCGUUCGAAGCAAGGAGGAGGAGGAGGAGCAGGCCCGUCAGCGGGUCCCGGGCCUUCCGGUCCCGGUGGUAGUGGCCCCGGUGGCCCUUCGCCCGUUGGUAGUGGAGGUCCCAGUCCGCAAGCCAUGAUGGUAGCCAUGGGACCGUCGGGUGGUCCGGGCGGACCCCUCGGUGGAAGUCCUUUCCACCCGGCUGGCCCUCCUCAUCACCAUCACCACUCGCCGUACGGACCGCCGCAACCACACAAUCCGUUCAUAGAGAACCAGCUGGCGCCGGUUGGCGCCGGUGGCGGUGGCGGUAAACCAACCAGUCACAUGGAUGCCCUACGAGCCCAUGCGCAUGCGGCAGCAGGUGGCGGCCUAGGGCCUCCACAUCCGGGGCAUCAUCACCCGGCGCACCAUCACCAUCCGGGGCACCAUGGGCCACCGCAGCCACCACCGCCCGGGCACCACCAUCCGGCACAUCCGAACGAACCGGUGCACAUCGAAACGCUCGAUAUCGACCCGGACCCGGAACCUCCCUCCCCGGUCCAUGACAUGAACCGUGGCCCCAGUCCGGAGGCAAAACCUGACGAUACCGAGUGCCAUCGUUCCCAGUCGGCUAUUUUUGUGCGGCGCUGCGACCGAGGGGAUUACAAUUCUUGCACGCGCACGGACCUCGAGUUCAAACCGACGCCCGACUCAAAGCUGGCGAGGAAGCGUGAAGAGCGUGACCGGAAACUGGCGGAGAAAGAACGUGAACGAAAGGCGCAGCAAGCCCAGCAGGCGCAGGCACAGCACCAACAACAACAUCACCAACAGCAACAAACGCAGCAUCAUCCUUCAAUGCCACCGCAUCCUCACCAAGGCCCGCCUCCCUCGCAAUCGCAUCCACACCACCCUCAGCAUCCGAGCAUUGCCCAACAACAGGCUGCCGCCGCCGUAGCCCAGGCACAGCAUCACCAUGCAGCAGCUGCAGCGGCGGCUGCGGCAGCCGUUGCCCAGCAACAUCACCAUCAGCAGCAGCAACAGCAGCAGGCACAACAAGCGCAACAGCAAGCACAGCAACAACAUCAACAGCAGCAACAAGGAAGCGGUGGCGGUGGCGGUAAACCACCUCCUGGUGGCGGUACUGGCAAUACUGGUUCCGGCCCGGGCGGUAUUCCGACGCCCCAGGGUCAUCCGGGACAUCCAUCACCGGGUCCACAAUCGAUGAAACCGGACAUCAAACCCUACCCGGAUACUCCAGCGCUCCGUCAGCUGUCUGAGUAUGCUCGGCCACAUGUCGGCUUCAGUCCUGUGGAGACGAUGGUCCCGCCACCAUAUCAUCCACUGUACAAUAGAGAAAGGGACAUCUUUUUUAGGGAAUUCGAGGACCUCAAGAACCAGCAAGCGGUCGGCCCGUCCCGGUUGGAACCACACUGGAUGGAGUACUACCGCAUGAGAGGAAUGCACCCAUCUCAGUUCCCGGCGCUGUAUGGAAAUCCUGCCGCUCUAGCACAGCUGGAACGCGAACGAAUAGGCUUGCCACCGCAUCCUGUCGGGCUGGAUCCAUCUGAUCCGAUGUUGCGCUUGGCUGGCGAAUAUCACGCACACUCCCAUACGCAUUUGCACUUGCAUUCGCAACAGCAGCAAGACUCGGCAGCGGCGGCGGCGGCGGCAGCGGCAGCGGCGGCAGCAGGUUUUCAACUACCACCCAACGUACCACCCUAUCCGCGACCGAAUGUUCUAAUGCCGAGGGACCCCCAUUCGGAGGUACUUUUGCGUAUGUCCUAUGAUCCACUGCAGGCUGCUGAAUUUCAACGACAAAGUGCACUAGAUCGGGCCCAUUCUCUGCAUGAGCAAUACCUGAGGCAACAUGAGCGUGAAAUGAAGGUGCGAGCACUUGAAGAGGCAGCGAGGGGCGGAAAACAUUAGACAAGCUAGGGGUGUGCUACACCAAACACUCUGAGAAAGGCGUACAAAAGUCGACCACUCAAUCGCACCACAUCACGCCCAAGAUCACGAUCAUGGUUCUUCUGGACAUGCUAGUAAUAAAAUGCAGCUCGAUUUGUUGUGCCCACUCCUCCUGUGUUGUGUUGGAGUUAUUAGCUGGAGGCGACUCUGUCUGACUAGAAUGUUUUCUUCCCAUUUUUCCUCAAAAAGAAAUUACAUUCAUACCUUACACAUAUAAUCUGCGCUAGACACAACGAAAUAUGUGUGUCACACGCACAUGUGCGUUAGAAAUCGAGGACAUGAGUCAAUAUACUGAGUUCAUAUGCGCUGGUUCAAGCUCUAAACGAGGGCAGAGAAUUGUAGCAAACUGCGGCAA